GCGGCGGCGGCGGAGGCGGUGAGCGCGGGCGCGGACGGCUGCGCGUGGGGCGGCGCGGGUGCAACCGCUGUUGGACCGCCGCGGCCACCUCGCCCUCCGCACCGGGCUCGGGGACGCCGUGCUGGGGAGGCGGGGCGCUGGGGCACAUCGCGUCAGACCUUCAAGUACUUUGUUUGUGCCAAAUCAUUACUGCUUACCACAUGAGUCUAAAUCACGAUGGAUGCCAAGUAUGUCCUCUGCAGAUGGAAAAAGCGAUUAUGGCCUGCAAAGGUCUUGGCCAGAACUGAGAAGUCAGCCAAAAAUAAGAGAAAAAAGGAAUUUUUUCUAGACGUUCAGAUACUUUCCCUAGACAAAAAAAUUAAGGUGAAAAGCACGGGAGCCCAGAUCCUGAAGAAGUCUCACAUCGAAGCCAUCGCUUCCUCGUUAGCCUUGCAGAACGAGGUUGCUGCCACGCCCCUGGAGGAGCUGGCCUACAGACGGUCGCUCCGCGUGGCUCUGGAUGUUUUGAAUGAGAGGACCCGUCCGCGUCAAGGAAGCUCUUCCAGGGAAGAGAGGACCACUCAGUCUCUGAGAGUGAAGCCCACGGAACCGGCCUCCUCGCUCUGCCACUCCAGCCCUUCGCCUUUGCUCCACGAAGAUGCGUCGGGCAGUCCUGGGCACACGAGGAGGGAACGUGCGCCCCAGAGGCUGUCCGGCCUGCCCGCUCGCAAGGAGGACCCCGGGUGCAGAGUGGACCACAAGAAGGGGCUCGGGAGAAGCGGAGGCCUGCGCGCCCGAGCUGUCUCCUUGGCCGGCAGUGGUGCUCAGGACGGACGGGGAUCCAGAAAACACCGGGCAAACCGGACAGUGAACCGGACAACGACACCGAGUAAACGGGAGAGGAACCUAGCACGGGGGCCCAGCUGGGGUCAGGAAGCGCCUCCGUCCUCAGAGGGAGCUCGGGAGGAAGAGAGUGAGAUGGUGGCCGGCCUGGCAGCCCUGCGCUCCUCUCCCGGAGGUGGGGCCAAGGGUCCUCGGGGCGGCCCCAGUGCCCGUGGCCACCCUGCCCAGCACCUGUGCCCGGACAGCGGCCAGAGGCCGGGGCCCCGCAUGGCUCCACGCAGCCCCACUCAGCUCGGCCCCGCAGAGGAGACCAGAGACGCCUGGCUCCUGGAGGGAGCCCGUCCACCUUCUGAAGAGUCAGUGGAGUUGGACGCCGUGAACUGUCUCCUGGCAGAGGACGAGGAGGACGAGGAGCCCCCGAGAAUCCUUCUAUACCGUGAACCACGUUCGUUUGAAGUAGGAAUGCUAGUCUGGCUUAAAUACCAAAAAUACCCCUUCUGGCCCGCAGUGGUCAAAAGCGUCAGGCGAAGAGAUAAGAAAGCGAGUGUGCUUUUCAUUGAAGGAAACAUGAACCCCAAAGGGAGAGGCAUCACCGUGUCUCUCCGGCGACUGAAGCACUUUGAUUGUAAAGAAAAGCAGGCGCUUCUGGACGAGGCCAAGGAGGAUUUCGACCAGGCCAUCGGCUGGUGCGUCUCCCUCAUCACCGACUACAGGGUCCGACUGGGCUGUGGUUCCUUCGCAGGCUCUUUCCUGGAAUACUACGCGGCUGAUAUAAGCUCCCCCGUCCGCAAGUCCAUCCAGCGGGACGUCCAGGGGACCAGGUUUCCCCCGCUGAGCGGGGUGGGCCCUGAGGAGGCCUCGGCAGGGAACCCGCGGGGCAGGAGGCCGGCCUGCAGGAAGGUGCUCCCUGAUCGCUCGCGGGCCGCCCGGGACCGGGCCAACCAGAAGCUGGUGGAGUACAUCGUGAAGGCGCGGGGUGCCGAGAGCCACCUGCGGGCCAUCCUGAAGAACAGGAAGCCGUCCAGGUGGCUAAAGACGUUCCUGAGCUCGGGUCAGUACGUGACCUGCGUGGAGACCUACCUGGAGGACGAGGAGCAGCUGGACCUGGUGGUGAAGUACCUGCAGGGGGUGUACCAGGAGGCGGGCAGCAGGCUGCUGGCACGCGGGCACGCGGACGGCAUCCGCUUCGUCCUGGACGUGCUUCUGCCCGAGGCCAUCAUCUGCGCGAUUUCCGCUGUGGAUGCUGUGGACUACAAGACGGCUGAGGAGAAGUACAUACGAGGACCUUCACUCAGCUACCGCGGUACACGGGCCUCUCACUGCUGUGGCCUCUCCCGUCGCGGAGCACAGGCUCCGGACGCGCAGGCUCAGCGGCCAUGGCUCACGGGCCCAGCCGCUCCGCGACAUGUGGGAUCUUCCCGGACCGGGGCACGAACCCGUGUCCCCUGCAUCGGCAGGCGGACUCUCAACCACUGUGCACCAGGGAAGCCCUGUUUGUUUGUUUUUAAUUGAAGUAUAAUUGAUUUACAAUAUUAUGUUACUUUCAGGUGUACGGCAAAGUGACUCAGUUAUAUGUGUACACGUGUGUGUGUCUGUGUUCUUUUUUUUAGAUUUUUUUCACUACAGUUUGUUACAAGAUACGGAGUAUAGCUCCCUGUGCUAUAUAGUAAAUCCUUGAUGUUCAUCUUUUUUAUAUAUACCAGUGUGCAUCUGUUAAUCUCAAACUCCCACUUUAUCCCUUCCCACCCUUCCCCUUUGGCAACCAUAAGUUUGUUUAUGUCUGUGAGUCUGUGUCUGUUUGGUAAAUAAGUUCAUUUGUGUCAUAUUUUAGAUUCCACACAUAAGUGACGUCGUAUGGUAUUUCUCCUUUUCUGCCUGAUUUACUUCACUUAGUAUGGGGAUUUCCCUGGCGGUCCAGUGGUUAGGAGUUGGUGCUCUCACUGCCGCAGCCAGGUUCCAUCUCCGGUUGGGGAACUAAGAUCCCACAAGCUGUGUGGCGUGGCAAAAAAAAAACUACAAUAAUUCACUUAGUAUGAUAAUCUCUAGGUCCAGCUGUGUUGCUGCAAAUGGCAUUAUUUUGUUCUUUUUUAUGGCUGAGUAGUAUUCUAUUGUAUAUGUGUACCACAUCUUCUUUAUCUAUUCAUCGAUGGACAUUUAGGUUGUUUCCAUGUCUUGGCUGUUGUGAAGAGUGCCGCAAUGCAUGUUGGGGUGCAUGUAUCUGUUCUUUUUUUUUUUUAAGAUUUUUUUUUUUUUUAAAGAUUUUUUUGAUGUGGACCAUUUUUAAAGUCUUCAUUAAAUUUGUUACAGUAUUGCUUCUGUUUUGUGUUUUGGUUUUUUGGCCAUGAUACAUGUGGGAUCUUAGCUCCCUGACCAGGGACAGAACCCACACCCCCUGCAUUGGAAGGUGAAGUCCUAACCACUGGACCGCCAGGGAAGUACCUGUCUUUUCAAAUUAGAGUUUUGUCUGGGUAUAUGCCAGGAGUGGGAUUGCUGGAUCAUAUGGUAAUUCUGUUUUUACUUUUUUGAGGCAUCUCCGUACUGUUUUCCAUACUGGCUGCACCAACUUAACAUUCCCACCAACAGUGUAGGAGGAGGGUGGAGGGUUCCCUCUUCUCCACAUCCUCUCCAGCAUUUGUUAUUUGUAGACUUUUUUUUUUUUAAUAUUUAUUUGGUUGUACCGGGUCUUAGUUGUGGCAUGCAUGUGGGAUCUAGUUCCCUGACCAGGGAUCAGGUGAUACCCCCUGCAUUGGGAGCACGGAAUCUUAACCACUGCGCUACCAGGGAAAUCCCCCGUUACUUGUCGUCUUCAUAACAAUGGCCAUUCCGACCAGUGUGAGUGAUACCUCACUGUAGUUUUGGCUUGCAUUUCUGUAAUAAUUAGUGAUGUUGAGCAUCUUUUCACGUGCCUGUUGGCCAUCUGUAUGUCUUUGGGGAAAUUUGGAUUUAGGUCUUCCCGUUUUUCGAUUGGGUUGUUUUCUGUUAUUGAGUUGUAUGAGCUGUUCGUAUAUUUAGGAAAUCAAGCCCUCUUCAGUCACAUCAUUUGUAAAUAUUUUCUCCCAGUCCAUAGGUUGAUGGUUUCCUUUGCUGUGCAAGGGCUUAUAAGUUUGGUUAGGAUCCCAUUUGUUUAUUUUUCUUUGAUUUCUCUUGCCUUGGGAGAGGGAACUGCUGACUAAAACGAAGUGAUCUCCUUUUGGUUUUGCAGGGAAAAAGAAAUAUUUGAUACGCAGCUCCUGGAAGAAAGGAGCCGGCGAAGCUGAGGCCGGUGGAGGCAAGGCCCUGCGCUCUGGAGCACAGGCGGGCCGUUGGCCUUCCUGACGGCUGCUGCCUCUGUUUUCCUGGCUCUUGUGGAAGGUACAGCUCCUGAAAGGGUUUGAAAGGACAGAGGCAUUUUUUUUUUUUUUAACUUUACGUCAUUACCUGUGACUGUACCGUGUAGGUUCACAGAAGGUGCACGUUUGUGUUUUGUGUUGAAAAGCACUGUACCCAACAUUAAACAGGAGCUUUAAAGACUCUGAUACGAACGUACGGCUCCCGCAACAUCAGUGUAUUUUUCCGUUUGUUUCCCUCCUGUGUGUGGCUCCUCUUAUGACGGCUCCUGAGUUUGCUGUGCCUCUGUUACGUGUUUUUGAGGCAAACCCGUGUUUGUAAGAGGCAGGACCCGAGAGCCGCUGCUUUCCCGUGCUCUAGCCUCUGCUGGGACUCGUGCAGGAGAGCAGACGGACCGGCAGUCUUUCCAGCCUCUUUCCGCCCGGCCUCCAUGUGGGUUUCCCCGCCCGGCCUUGUCACCGCACAGCCAACUGCCCAGAUAGCUGUGACGAUCCCACCGGGCUGCUGCGCCCCCCAGCCUGGCCAAGGUCAUUGUGUGCACGGCCUGGGCCUGGGCCGUGGGGUCGCGGCCCGGCACCAGUGGAAACCAGUCCUUUGUCUGGAAGCCCGAAGCACAGAUGGGUCCCCCAAUGCCUGAGGCUUCCAGGCUCAGGGGCCCCCCCCCACCUUUGGAGAGAGUUGUGUGAAGGCCCGGUCCUUGACGUGGUCACAGAAAUUCUGUUCUGGUUUAAAGCGACACACGGUGGAUUAUUUAUUCUAAGCUGACGCGAGGCUGCCUGUGGAAGGAAACAGCCAAGUCCCCACCAUGAUGGCUGCGCCGCGGCAUCUGAGCUCGGCCAGUCCUCCCUGAAGCCGGCACCGGCCAGCGAGCGGCCGCUGCAGAGGACAGUUGGGGAGAGGUUCUCGCAGGCGCCGGGGACACGGGCCCUGAUCCUGACGGGAGGCUGGGUCCCUGCGGGAAGGAGGUGCAGAGAUCACUGCGGGGACCUGCGUGUGGUGUCUCUGCUGGUUUUGCUGAAACCCAAGCAGAGGUGCAGACACGGCCCUGGAGGUCCCGCUGAGCUGCCCCCCAGGGCGGUCGGAGGGGCAUCCCGUGUGGGCCAGGCUUGGGAGAAUGGCCCCGCUAGCAUCUCCACCGUGGCCUCGCUCCCUUCUAGAAAGGUCUAGACAGCAAGCCUCCUUGAAGUGGGUCAGGAUGGAGAACAGGGUGCUCUUGUGGGUGAGGCAUCCACGUGGACUAUUCCGUUAUCGUGAAGUAUUUUUAUAUAUCUGUGUUCUGAGCUCUGGUUGUGGAAUUGAACUAUUCAGACUGGAAUUAAAUGCCGUUUUGCA